CGAUCUUAAUUGUUUUAUGGAUUUUUUGUUAGUUAUUUUCGCCACACACUUGAAUGUCAUCUAAAAUCGGCACUACAUUAAUGUGUUAUUAAUAAUACUUCAUGCGUUUACUUGUGAUGAUUUUCAAUUUAUUUUUAUAAAAAAUUUCAUAUUAAAAAGAGAAGAUUAUAAAAAAAAAUGUUUAGUAGAAAAUGUACAAGUAAAUGUAGAUUGGAUGGUAAAGUUGCUAUUGUAACUGGAUCAUGUCGAGGAAUUGGUAAAGCUACAGCAAAAGAGCUUUACAAAAUUGGUGCAAAUGUAAUUAUGGCAUGUAUUGAUAUAAAAGUAGCAGACCAAACUUUGUUGGAUAUAAAAACAGAAGUACAAGGAGAAGGUUUGGGGACUUUAGUUGUCGAAGAGCUUGAUUUGUCAUCAUUUUCUUCUAUAAAAAGAUGCGCAAAAAGAAUUUUAGAAAAAGAAAAUCAAAUUCACUUACUAAUCAAUAAUGCUGGUAUAGUGAUGCGUCAAAAAAUUUUAACUGAAGAUGGUUUUGAAACACAAUUUGCAGUUAAUUAUUUAGGACAUUUCUUAUUUACCUGUCUUUUGUUGCCAAAAAUAAUUUACUCAUCGCCUGCUCGAAUCAUCAAUGUGUCAUCGACGGGCCAUACUUUUUUUAAAAGUUAUGAUUUUGAUGACAUUAACUAUGAUUUCAAAGAUUACUACCCAACAGAAGCCUACUGUCAAAGCAAACUUGCUAAUAUACUUUUUACGAAAGAAUUAGCAAUUAGACUUGCAGGUACAGGAGUUAAUGUGUAUUGCGUAAAUCCAGGAAUAGUACAAACGGAAAUGCAAAAGCCUUCUGAAAACAUUAUUUACCAAUAUUACUUUUUUUUUGGAAUUUUUGGAUAUUUUCUGUAUUAUAUUACAUAUUUCUUAAUAAAAACUCCUUAUCAAGGAGCGCAGACUGCAAUUCAUUGUGCUGUGGAUGAAAAAGCAGGUACAGAAACAGGACUUUACUACAGUGAAUGUCAAGUUAAAGAACCAUCUUCUGUAGCAAAAGAUAUUAUUCUAGCAAAGAAACUUUGGAAAAAGAGUCUAAACAUGGUCGGCCUGACAAAUUUUGACAUGUUUAAAUCCAGUGAAAUAGUUCCAACUGAGUUAUUAGAUAUUGAAAUAUAAUAUUUGAUGAUCAAUUUUUAAUUAAAAAUAUCGUUCUUAUGAGGGAUAAAUCACAAUUAAAUUUACUGUUAAAAUUAAUACUCUUAAUUGUAUAUAAAAGAGUGUCUUAAUCCUGUUUUGACAAUUUAAUAACUUUUGAUCAAAUAAAUAUUAUUUAUUUAUUUU